AUGCCCACCUGGCUCGUUCACGGUUUUCGAUGGCCGCGCGCACAGAUUCGCAUUCACAUUAUUCUGCAGAACCUCGACGACGCCGCUCCAGAAUGGCUCAUGGCCCCUGCUACUACGGCCUGUAUGAUGCAAAACUUCAAGGAGCAAUGGCCAGAACAGAUGGCCCAGCUGCCUGAUCUACGCUUCAUCGAGCAAUACGAUCCCGAAGAUCUCACCGUCAAGGAUCAGCCGUACGCAUAUGUGUGCGAUAUUGUGCACGAGAUCAAGCUGGGCGUGGACGUGGAAGAGAUGAGGGGAGCUGGGCUGGGAGAUGACCAGUGGGCAGCCAUUGCAGAAUUGAGGGACAAGGUUGCACCGGGAGAAAAAUUAGGUUGGUUCGUAGUGGUCAACGGAGAUAUCGAGAGGUGGGCGCCGCCGCUGGAGGAAGACGACGAUAUAACCCCAGACGCCAGCGCCGUCAGUGCAUCAAGUCACAGGAGUAGCAUGGCACAAUCCGACACCGCACGCACCAAAGAACCGGAGCGACCGUCCUCGAGCAGGAGUUUCAAGAAGUGGUUCGGAGGGAAAUUGAGGAAAACGAAGAGCGGAAGGAAUUUGAGAGGUGAUACCACGCCAGAAGAGCCAGUUCCUCCAUUGCCACCAAUCUCACCCCGAUACGCUCUUCAAUCUUCGCACGGGAAGGCAUCUGCGCAGAACCCGAGGCUACGACCAAUACCUUUCCUCGACGACCCCGGAACUACCGCCAAGAUGAGUCGACGCGACUUUCUCUCCAUGCCUGCGCCCGAGAACUAUGUGGCUGGUCUCGGUAGAGGAGCUACGGGCUUUACAACCCGAAGCGAUCUGGGUCCCGCCCGUGAGGGUCCAUCCGAGGAGCAGAUGAAAGAGAUGCUAGCAAAGCGCGCAGCUUCGCUAGGUCAGGCAGCCCCCUCGGCCUAUGGUGUCACUGAAAAGAAAGAGGAAGAGAGGGACGAAGAGGAGGACCGGUUUCAAGAUCCCGAUAAUGAAGUUGGCCUUUUCUCAAGCGGCAUGAACUACGACAAGGACGAUGACGAGGCAGACCGCAUAUACCAAGAAGUUGACGAGAAGAUGGACAAGCGCCGUAGAGCAAGAAGGGAAGCUCGCGAGCAAUUAGAACGAGACGAGUACGAACGAAACAACCCCAAGAUCCAGCUCCAGUUUGCCGAUCUGAAACGAGCCCUCGGCGGCGUCUCUGAGGAAGAAUGGGCAGCGCUGCCUGAGGUUGGAGAUAUGACCGGCAAAGCGAAGCGCGCUCGUGAAGCUCGACUAGCGAAUUCGAGGUCAUACGCCGUUCCGGAUAGUGUUUUGGCCGCAGCAUCCAAGAGUGGCGAGCUUGAUACCACGAUAUCGUCAGGCGACGCAGACGGCAUGACAACGAACCUUGCCAGUAUCGGAGCUGCGCAGCUGUCUGCCUUGACGGUACGACUGGACUCAGCAGCAAGUGCGCCUGGCACGCAAACCACAACAACUUCUGGUACCUCGACGUCCGUGGACCCGAAGGGAUACAUGACUGCGUUGAGCAAAAAGGAAGCUAUGGGUGAGGAAGUUCCAGUUGAGGACAUCAACCGCGCGCGUGUGCUGUUAGAAUCGGCCGUCAAAACUAACGUCCACAACGGCCCCGGAUACGUUGCGCUAGCACGACUUGAAGAAGUUGCUGGAAAGAUUCACACGGCCAAAAAGGUUAUUGCACGUGGAUGCGAACUAUGUCCUCGGUCUGUAGUCGUCUGGGAGGAAGCGAUCAGGCUGAAUCGUGACAACAUCCACAAUGCGAAGAUCAUUGCCGCCAAUGGUAUCAAGCAGAACACCAAGGCGGUAAAAUUAUGGCAAGCUGCCAUCGAUCUGGAACAAACACCAGCGUCUAGGAAAAAGGUUACACGUCAAGCUCUAGACCACAACCCCCAGAGUGUGGAGUUGUGGAAGACCCUAAUCAACGACACGGAAGAGCUAGACGCCGUCCGCUUACUGUUCGCCAAAGCUACAGAAACUGUUCCUCUCUCAGAGGAGUUGUGGAUCUCAUUCGCCAGAGUUUCAAAACCAGAAGACGCGCAGCAGAUCCUCAACAAGGCUCGCAAAGCCAUCCCCACCAGUUGGGCGAUUUGGAUUCAUGCUUGCAGAUUACAAGAAGAGCUGGGCAAAGUUGACAUGUUGGACAUGAUCAUGACUAGAGCAGUCAAGUCCCUGAUCAAGGAGAACGCUAUGAUCAAACGUGAAGAGUGGAUCACUCAAGCUGAGAUUUGCGAGGAGCAAGGCGACACUGGCACAGCUGCUGCGAUCAUCAAGGCGACAGUGGGCUGGGGUCUUGACGAAGAUGACGAGCGUCGGGACGUUUGGCUAGAAGAUGCCAGGAGCGUAUUGAACAGAAACAAGCCGGAAACAGCUAGGGCAAUCCUCGGAUUCGCCGUCGCCGUCUUCCCGUAUAGUACAACAGUCUGGCACGCGUCCACUGACCUCGAAAAGCAUCACGGUACAACCGACACCCUACUAAGUGUCCUGGAGCGUGCCGUGAACGCCUGUCCAAACUCGGAGUCCUUGUGGCUUCAAUACGCUCGAGAAAUGUGGCAAUCAGGGAACCCUGAAGGUGCUCGCCAGGUUCUAGGAAGAAGUUUCGAGGCUCUGCCAGGCAACGAAAUGCUGUACACUCGCGCUGUUGAUUUCGAAGUUGACGCUGGCAACUACGAGCAGGCCCGUAGCUUCCUCCAGGUAGCACGUGAAUCAGCUGCCACCGAUCGCAUCUACAUGAAGUCGGCCGUGCUAGAACGACAACUGGAAAACUAUGAGACAGCGAUCGACAUUUGUAACCAGGGUCUGCAGAACUGGCCCGGCAGUUGGAAGUUACAUGCUAUCAAAGGCCAAGUCUACGAGCAGCUUUCAAAGCUGCCAGAAGCUCACGAGGCAUUCAACAUCGGUACACGCGCGGCACCGAAAGCUCCAGUCCUGUACAUUCUUCUUUCACGACUCCAGGUGAAGCAAGGAGCAGUUGUAAAGGCUAGGUCCACCCUGGACCGUGGUCGACAGCAGAACCCUAAGAGCGAAGAGAUCCUUCUAGAGCAAGUCCGUCUCGAGCGCCGCCAGAAUAACACGAACGCCGCCCAACAGCUGAUGGCCGGCGCUCUACAACAAUGUCCCAACUCAGGGCUCUUAUGGGCAGAGAAGAUCAUGCACCUCGAGGGCCGCACACAACGUAAGCCGCGCGCACUCGAAGCUAUCAAGAAAGUGGAAAAGGACCCUCUACUAUUCGUCGUCGUCGCACGGAUCUUCUGGUCGGAGCGACGUCUCGACAAGGCCGCGACGUGGUUCGUCAAGGCUGUCACCCUUGACAGCGAUUACGGUGAUGCUUGGGUGUGGUACUACAAGUUCCUCGAACAGCAUGGCACUGAGGAGAAGAAGGAGGAUACGCUUUCAAAGGCUGCCAUGGCUGAGCCCAAGCAUGGUGAAAUAUGGCAGUCUGUCGCCAAGGAUCCUAAGAAUGCGAGGAAGAGUGUAGAGGAGAUUUUGAAGAUUGCUGCGGCAAAAGCGGAGUAG